AUGGAAUAUCUGCAUUUCAAUUCGUAUAAUCCAAAGAUAAAGACGCGCCAAUGUGAAUUACUGGGUUCAUAUAUAAGAUAUGUAGGAAACGAAGUCCGCGAUAACUCCGUGGGAAACUGGAUUCACUGUAAACUUGGUUGUUUCCACUUCAAAAUGUUAGCGGGUUUGUUUAGUAAUUUGAUACAUAAGCCUGAAGUUCUGUGUCGAAAAUCAAUUUUUCAUUUUGUGAAUGUUCGAAAAUGUCCAUACAGCACCGAACAAGAUGAUAUACCGUUUCAUCUCAUGGUUGAAGGUUAUUAUGACAAGGCUUCAGCCCUUGUUGAACAAAAUUUGAUGUCAAAACUUCAAUCAAAAGCGCCAGAUAAUGAAAAAACAAAGAUUGUUAAAGGAACGCUUAACAUAAUUCGGCCACCUACUCACAUUUUCGAGGUUAACUUUCCCCAUAAAGCCGAUGACGGAACGUUCAAGAUCAUUCAGGGCUUUAGAGCUCAACAUAGUGUGCACAGGCGACCCACUAAGGGUGGCAUCCGGUAUAGUAUGGAUGUAUGCAGAGAAGAAGUUAUGGCUCUUGCUGCUCUGAUGACCUACAAAUGUGCUGUCGUAGAUGUUCCGUUUGGUGGUGCCAAGGGGGGAAUUAAGAUAAAUCCCAAAGACCACUCUCCGGCAGAAUUAGAAAGGAUAACCCGUCGGUUUGCACUAGAGUUGGCAAAACAAGGAUUUCUUGGUCCUGGAACUGAUGUUCCUGCUCCGGAUAUGGGGACUGGACCCCGAGAGAUGAGCUGGAUUGCGGAUACGUAUGCAAACACCGUAGGUCACAACGAUAUGCACAGUCAUGCUUGUGUAACAGGAAAGUCUAUCGCUAUGGGUGGUAUUCACGGUCGCAUUUCUGCAACAGGACGCGGGGUUUAUCAUGGGAUAGACAACUUCUUAAAUAACCCAAAAUAUGCAGAUGCUAUCGGUUUAUCCCCGGGGCUGAAGGAUAAAACUUUCAUUGUUCAGGGAUUCGGGAAUGUUGGUUUGCAUACAAUGCGUUAUCUUGUACGAGCUGGUGCAAAAUGUAUUGGUAUUGCUGAAAUCGACGGACAGAUUUACAACGCAGAUGGUAUAGAUCCACGAGAACUCGAAGAUUGGCAAAUCGCAAAUGGUACGAUUGUUGGCUUUCCACAUGCAAAACCAUAUACAAAAGGUUCCCUUCUUUUCGAAGAAUGUGAUAUCCUUAUUCCUGCGGCAAAUGAAAAGCAAAUCCAUAGUGGCAACGCUGAUAAGAUCAGAGCAAAAUUAAUUGGGGAGGGUGCAAAUGGUCCCACCACACCAAAAGCUGAUAAAAUACUGCGGGAGAAGAAUAAGUUGGUUAUUCCAGAUUUGUAUCUGAAUGCUGGCGGUGUUACUGUCUCGUAUUUUGAAUGGCUUAAAAAUUUAAAUCACGUGAGCUAUGGUCGACUAACCUUUAAGUACGAACGAGAUUCCAACUAUCAGUUACUAAAUAGUGUACAACAGUCUCUAGAGAAGAAGUUCGCUGACAAAAUACCGAUAACACCAUCCGAAGAUUUUCAGCUUCGCAUUGCGGGGGCAUCUGAACGCGAUAUUGUUCACUCUGGUCUGGAGUAUACUAUGGAGCGAUCUGCCAAACGCAUCAUGAAUAUUGCGAAUGUCUACAACCUUGGAUUAGAUGUUCGUACAGCUGCAUAUAUCAAUAUUCAACUGGCAGUUCUUUUAUGUAAUCAAAAUAAAAUAUCUUUUAUAGGCACCGAGAUAGGGCAUUUUAAUGCUUAUGCCAUUCAAUGGAGAUGCAAAUGGACACCUUUCAAUGCAUUAAAUAAAUUCGUUUGUUAG